AUGGCGCUUAGCAUGCCAUCAGGCCUUCGCCGCAUCCACGCCUCUGCGGGCGCCGCGAAAAUCCUUGAAAUGUUCCGCGAGGAUGGUGGUGUUAUCAUCGAAGGAUUCUUCACACCGGAGCAAGUGGCCAACAUCAACAGGGACGUUGACCCGUACCUAGCCAAGGUGAAGGUCGGCACAAACCGUGAGGGCGACUGGAUCAAGGACUUUCACGGCGAGAACACACGGCGGCUGACGAACCUGCCGACGCUCAGCCGGACCUUUCGCGAGGAGGUGCUCAACUAUGAACUGAUCCAUGAGCUGUGCGAGGCCGUCUUCCGGGUACAAUCCGGCGACUACUGGAUGUGCACAGCGCAGGUCAUCGAGAUUGGACCCAAGAGCAAGCCACAGGAGCUGCACCGCGACACGGCCGAGUUCCCCGGCUUCACCAAGCUGGGCCCCGCGAUGGACGAGAUCCAGAUCAGCUUCUUUACCUCGCUGACUGAGUUUACUGCUGAGAAUGGGGCCACGCGCGCCAUCCCCGGCAGCCACCUCUGGCCUGACUACGAGGAGCUGGGUACCGAGGAGAUGGCUGUCCCCGCCGUUAUGCAGCCCGGCGACGUUCUGUUUUUCACCGGCCGCCUGGUCCACGGCGGCGGCGAGAACCGCACAUCCGACGUCUGGCGCCGUGGCAUCUCUCUCGCCUUCCAGGCCAGCUACCUGACCCCGGAGGAGUGCUACCCCCUGAUCAUCCCGCGCCCCAUCGUCGAGAGCAUGACCCCGCUCGCUCAGAAGAUGGUCGCCUGGCGAUCCCAGUACUCCAACAGCUCCGGUGGUCUGUGGCAGAGUGAUUACGAUGAGGUUGGCAAGGCUAUUGGCCUGAAGUCCAACGUGCCCCUGCCCCCUCAGUGA